UCCCGCUUUAGGAUUGGCCAGGCCAGACAAGACAAGCUUUGAACAGUGAACACCACCCCCCCUCCCUUUGGUUCUUAUCUGCAUUUGCCCGGCCACCCCACCCUUUAAGAAGACGCUGCCACACAUUCCAUCAGUUCCUGAUCUGCAGCCAUGAAUGUGAAGGCUCUUGUGCUGCUUCUCUCUGCGUGUGUGGUGAGUGGCGGUCAUCUUCCCAACGCCGUGUGGCAGUUUGGGGAGAUGAUCAGCUGUGCCCAGCCUGGUGUUAAUCCUCUGGCUUAUAAUGAGUACGGCUGCUGGUGCGGCCUGGGUGGAGGUGGAACACCCGUGGACGAUGUGGACAGGUGCUGUCAAGUCCAUGAUAAGUGCUACAGCAACAGCAUGAAGAUUCCUGAAUGCGAGGGUAUUUUUGACCUCCCCUACGUUAUUACCUAUGGUUUCAGCUGCUCAAACAAACAGGUGUAUUGCUCAGGGACCAAUGAUAAGUGCCAGGCUGCGGUGUGUGAGUGUGACCGCGUGGCGGCUCACUGCUUUGCUCGAUACACAUACAACCCUGACAACAAGUACCUGGAUCCUAAAUUCUGCACCUAAUGAGGGCAGAGAGCUAAGGAUGUGCUCCACAGCUGUCUCCCACAUCUGAUCCGCUUCUCAUUACGGAUAACGAAAUACAGAGUUUGAUUGUCUUAGAAGAAAAGUACUUGAAUAAACUGUCUGCUCAUACAAGA